CCAGCACCAGCGCCGCCGCCGCCUCCUCAUCCCAACCGCUGGAUCACGCCGACGGUACAUUACCUCAGGAAAGCAACUCAGUAGUAAACCACAGUCAUGGGCAGUGGCAAUCUUCAGUAAAGAAUGACAUUAGAAACCAGGAGAGCCAACAACAGGAACAAAAACAGUUAUAUUGCAAAAAUGAGGAGUCAUCCAGGCCUGAAGCAGUUUCCAUAGGUGCUGAUAACAAACAACUUCACUCCAGUACUCAAAAUGAAGGUGACCGACUAAAUGUCAAGCAGGAGCCAGGAAACAAUGCUCAGCAACGUACUGUUGGUCAGCAGCAGCCUAUACAACAAAUAAAGAGUCAACAACCACCAAGCACAAACAAAACAAACAGUCCAGCCACGGUGGGAAAACCUCCUGUUGUUACGUUUCAUAUGCUAAUCCCAAUUUUGAGACGCUACCUUGACAAAGACAGGGAUAUACAAGUUCAGUCCAUUUUUGCAAAGUUACGGAAAAAUGAGAUCAGCAAGGAACAUUUUUUAAAGGUUAUUAGGACCAUUGUUGGUGAUAAGUUACUCAAGCAAGCCGCUUCACAAUAUCAAAUGCAGGCUGCUCAGGCACAACGGAAUCCCCCGGCAAGUGCGAGCAACUUUUCUUUGUUAAGUCAAGUUUCAGGUCAGCAAAAUGAGAACCCAAGACCACCUCAGUUUCGACCUUCGACGUCUGGCCAAAUGCAGAGUAACAUGGGUUAUGCAGCUUCAGAGGGAAAUUUGCAAAAGCCUAAUGAAACUGGUAACAUGUCAGAUAGAAAAGGAGUGCAUAUGCUACAAAGCCGCCCACCUAAUAUCCACUCGACCCCAGUGCAAGCAACACAACAUCAUCUGCAGCGUCCCCAGACAUCUUUGCCAGUGUUUGGGGCAAAUAAUAUUCAUCCCCGUCCAUUUCCACAGUCAGUUGGAGGUUCAAUUGCGCCACUUAGACCACAGAUGGCAGAUUCUAGUCAAAGAGGACAAUUUCUCCAAGGAGGUGUUGCCACACGACCAGCACUGCAAAGUAAUCAACCUUCACGGCCACAACAAUCAAACAAGGAGCAGAAAGCUAACUCUUUCAUCCCAACAGCUCAUAUGAACAAAGAAACUGUUAAUCAGCCCUCUGAAUCUGCACAAAGUUCUUUUGCUACCACGAAUGCAAAACAAGUCAACCCAGCACUGUUAUCUUCAAAGGGUGGUGGUAUCUUGGAAAAUCAAUCAUCUGCGCUGGCCAGUUCUAAGUCUUUGACUACGGCAAGCUCAAGUCAACCUCAUCGAUCUCAUGGAACUCCAACAGAGCUCAACAUGCAGAUUCAACCUGGUACCCAAGCACCUCCUUCUGGAGCAGCUUCCAAAACGCCUCAAAAGAAGUCAUCUGCUGGACAGAAGAAACCUUUGGAAGCAAUUGGCUCAUCCCCUCCACCAUCAAGCAAAAAGCAGAAGGGAUCUGGAGGUUUCCAUGAUCAAAGCAUUGACCAGCUGAAUGAUGUUACUGCAGUUAGUGGUGUUAAUCUGAGGGAAGAAGAGGAGCAACUUUUCUCUGCUCCAAAGGAAGAGAGUCGAGUUUCAGAAGCUGCUCGAAAAGUUGUACAACUGGAAGAAGAAAGGCUCAUUCUACAGAAGGAACCUCUGACAAAGAAAUUAGCAGAGAUCAUGAGGAAAUAUAAUCUGAAGAGCAUCGGUAGUGAUGUGGAACGUUGUCUAUCGAUGUGCGUUGAGGAGCGGUUACGAGGAUUCAUGAGCAGUAUAAUAAGGCUUUCAAAACAGCGGGUUGAUGUUGAAAAAUCAAGGCAUCAUAUUUAUCCUUUAUCUUCUGAUGUUCGGAGUCAUAUUUUGAGGGUGAACCGAGAAGCUAGAGAACAGUGGGACAGGAAGCUGGCUGAAGAUGCUGACAGAAUCAGAAAACAAAAUGAUGGAGAUGACAGUUCAGUUGUUUCUUCAGAAAAGGACAGAGCUGAGAGCCGUGGCACAUCAAAGCAUGCUAAGGCUUACAAGGAGGAAGAUGAUAAAAUGAGAACAACAGCUGCAAACGCUGCUGUGCGAGUUGCAGCCGGAGGUGAUGACAUGCUUUCCAAGUGGCAAUUGCUAGCUGAAAAGAAUAAACAGAGAGGUGAAGGAGGCGAUGGUUCUUCUGGCUCCCUGCCAGGUACCAUGUCGCCUCACAGGCCUUCACCUAAAGCUGGAAAGGGCUCAAGAGAACAGCAGGACAAUGAAAAGCGAGGCUAUUUUUCAAUGCUUGGACCUGGUGGCGUAAGAAGGUCAGCACACAUGAAAGUGGCACGGAGCAUCAAGGUGAAGGAUGUGGUUGCAGCACUUGAGAGAGAGCAUCAGAUGUCAAAAUCAUCUUUACUAUUCCGGUUACAUGGGAGACAUCCGACAGAACCAGCCGGGAAAUAGUUGUCAAAACAGCAAUAUUCAAUUUUGUCAUUUUCAUGUUUCUGUUAGCCAUGUAGAGAGAUGCAUCUUCUGUGAGAGUAGAAUGAUUGAGAUGAGAGGUUCAUUUGUCAAGCGAUGAUCAAUUUUGCAGGCGCUAAGAAAUAUCAAUAGUGAACCAACA